AAACAGUUGGUUCCGGCGAUUUUCCAUCAGUUGCCUCCAGUACUCCAAUGGAAUAAGGAAGUCAAUAGAGCAAGCGCACAACUGAGUUAAGAAGUGGAGAAUUUUUGUGAAAUAUUCCUGAGUGAUUUUGCGCAGAACCUUGAGUUGUUAGUUGCCAAGUGUAUUUGUUAUGUGAUUGGUUAGCCAAUUAGUAAAGGACUCUUUAAAUCAGUGAUUAAGUUUUUGACUAUAUUUAGUGAUAUAGCGGGUGUAAAAAAGUGUUGAGAUGAUUUUACAGAACGCUACGGCCGGUUUGCUCCUGCAAACUAUGUUGUAUUUGUCAAAUUCGUCAAAACAAGUUGUCGACCCUCUUGACAAUAUACAAACUGCACCCAAUGAGAUUACCGAGACAAAAUGCUAUGGCGUCUAUGGAUGCUUUCCCAUCGAUGGUCCUUGGCAAAGCCCAACCCGACAGAUAAAUCAUGCUCCUCAGAAACCUUCACAAAUACGAGCCCGGUAUCCAGUUUUCAAUCGUUUCCAUCGAGAGAUGCCUAAAUUUAUCGACUUAAAUGAUCCAGAUGGAGUCCAGUCGCUGGGAAUCAACCCGAAUGGAAGUUUGUUCAUAGUCACCCACGGAUACUUGGAAUCCGGUGACAAACCAUGGAUCAAGGAAUUGGCGAUGACCCUCUUAGAUGCAGAUAAGGAAGGAACGGCUAGUGUAGUUGUUGUCGAUUGGGGUGGCGGCUCCAGUCCGCCAUACGUCCAAGCUGUUGCCAACAUUCGGCUGGUUGGAGCGAUAACGGCGCAUGUAGUUUUCCUGUUAUACGAGGAACUUCAAUUCCCGAACUUGGACAAGGUUCACAUGAUUGGCCACUCGUUAGGAUCCCAUUUGUCUGGUUACACUGGGUACACAUUACAAAAGGACUUUGGCUUGAAAAUGGGUCGUAUCACAGGGCUGGAUCCUGCAGAGCCUUUGUUUGGUGACACCGACCCCAUAGUUCGCUUAGAUAAAACUGAUGCCCACUACGUGGAUGUUAUUCACACUGACUCACACUCGUUGAUCAACGGAGGAUUGGGAAUGCUGAAACCAAUUGGACAUGUUGAUUUCUACCCCAACGGAGGACAUGAUAACCCUGGAUGUGGGUUGAGGUUCGAGGAGUACAUGAAACAGCCAAAGAGUUCAUUCUUUUGGAGUGUCCAGCAGUUUGUCAGUUGCAACCACAUUCGAAGCUACGAGUUUUUCACGGAGAGCAUAAAGCCAAAUUGUCCUUUUAUGGGAAUUACAUGUGAUUCGUUUGAGAGUUUCCAAGAAGGCAAGUGCUCGAGAUGCGGUCACGAUGGGCACAUGUGCAUCCAAUUUGGCUACAACAGCCUGAAAAGCUACCGAUAUUUAGUGCAAAAUGCAGAAGUUCGGGACACAGCUCCGUUAGUCGCUUACUUAAUGACCUCUGAGAAAAGCCCAUUUUGCCGAGCGCAUUACAAAGUAACUAUCAAGAUGUCCGCAGAAGAUGAAAGUGCAAUGCAUGGCGGUGAAAUUGGUAUUUUCUCUCUGAAAAUUCAUUCAGUUGAGAAGAAUGAAACUUCAAUGAUUCCCUUCUCCAAAGAACCAAAAUAUUUCGAGCCUGGUUUCCAAUACUCUGCAAUGCUUCCUGGUGAAUCUGUUGGAAAAAUUGAUCAUCUUUCAGUGACUUGGGACUACCGGACGAACUUUAUGAAUCCUUUCACGUGGAGACUGCUGGCAUCACCACGAGUUUAUGUGGAGUACGUUGAAGUGCAAUCACUGGAAAAUGACCUUCACAAAAUAAAGGCGUGUUCCAUAUUUGCAAGUCCGAUUCUGUCCGGUACGCCAAGUAUUUUGCGGGAAGAAUAUUGCCAUCCGUGGUAAAGCAAUGGCCAGAGGUGAAAGGAGCACCCUCACCUAAGGGUCUACUGUAUAUAUGUAUAUAUACUGUCAUUCAAAUGUGAUGUAGUUAGUGUCAAGAUGUUCUAUUUAUAAUUUAGUAUUAUUUAUUUAUAACCGAAUCAUGUAAGCAUAGUGUUUUAAUGGAACCAUAUUUAAGAUCUACUUGUUAGUGACUAUAUCGAUCUAAAGCGCAAUGGAGAAGGAAUAAAAUGUUAUGUGAAAUGA